AUGCCCGCUGCAAAGAAAGCAAAAAUUCUGAAGUUGAAUGACGAGGAGAAGUCAAAAGCUGACGUUCCAAGAGGCAACAAAUUGACGCCAAAAUUACAGGAUUCUAUUUCUGCCAUUGACCCUAAUGUUCAAACAAACGUAUCUGCCGCGCCUCCUGCAGGGCAUCAACUUCUUCAACACUUUUCUGAGGAACAAAUCGCACUGGUGUUGUCAAUCUUGAAAUCAAAGCCAGAUGAGAUAUCAAUUGAAGAUUAUUUGAAUGAGUUCCGAGAAUCGAUCAAACUUGAAGAAUCACGAAGUAAUCGUAUAGUCGAUUCGGGGGAGUUUUGGAAACGACAGUUCGAAAGUCGGUGUAUUCUUACAGAUGAACUUCAGACUCGCAUCGCAAGUCUAGAGAAGAGACUACAGCGCUGUCGUGUACCAUCUAUGACAUCUUCAUCUGAAGAUUCUGAAGAAGAAAAAAUCCCGAGUAUCGCCCAGCGCUCCACCGAGUCUCACAAGGACCAACCUUUGAAGCCCGCCAGAAAGAAGAAAAGAAAAAGAUAUGAGAGUCUAGAUACUGUCCCAAAUGAGGACGAUAAAAUGGGAACCGAUGCAUUGGCGUUGGCAUAUAAUCAUGACCAUAUGAUGGUUGCCACGUACUUAUACAGAAUCAACCAGAUUCGCCGAUCUCUUCACGCCGAAUCGGCAUCUGCCUCGUGUCGCAAGCUUAUAGAAUUGAGUUGGAAGGCAAUCUCCGACUGCGUUCCCAAAUAUAUCGAUGUCAGUGUGACAAACUACCAUACGAAAGAUAUUAAAUGCCUAGCGCAUCUUAUGAGCGAGAUUGUUGAGUGCUAUAAGAGCUGCGUUGAGGUUUCAACUGAACAUUACAAAACUAUCGCGGGAAGGGAGUUGGUGAGGAAAUCAAAUAUUAUACAUUCCUUGUGCUCUUUCUUCGAUAAAACAUUGAGCGAAUUGGACAAGCUGAGCAUUGCAAAAACCAAAAUCCCAAUUCGUUCUGGCGAUUCGACAUCAGACCGGGUGGAGACUUCUGCGGACAAUGACGACUCCAUGAUGGUCCGCUUCGUUGCCAACCUUUUGUUCCGUAUUCUUGGAAAAAUUGCUUGGCAGCAAAAUAAUGACUUGCAUAAACAGAUAUUUGAAGGUAUUCUAGCUUUCAUAAUAGAUCACACCGGUAUAUUGAUCUCCAAAAUCAUAUUCAGGGAACAUGUUGCCGCUUCCAAAUUACCAGGAAAUAUUUCUACUGGAGAAUCUUCCUUUGAUUUAACGAAAAAAGAGUGCGCUUUGAAGUCUAAAUACCUGAUUCGCCUACUUGAGAUGGCACUCAAAAUCCACGAGAAAAAUAUAGGUACUGGACCAACAGAAGAACUUUUGCAGAAAGCCAAAAGAAAAAUCCAGAAUACACUCAAGAAUAGCAUAAUUGGAGGAAGCUUAUUGGGUUUGAAGAAACCGGAUCAAAUUGCGGAGGAACCAAUUGAUAUUCCGGGAUUGGAAGGGUUAGAGAUGUAUAGUGAAGAUUGGGCUAUACAAUGUGUGUUUACGAUGAUCGAGAUAGAUGAGAACGAGGAUGAUGAGGGAGUGAGAGUGGGAGGCAGUGGAGAGGCAGUUACAUAUUGA